AUGACUGCUUCCUUAAGUGAUACAAGUAUCCGCAAUCUAAGUGGCACCUGGGUGAUGGACAAGAGCCUUUCAACCCACCUUGCUACGGUUUUCCAACUACAAGGGGUGGGCUGGGUAACAAGGAAGGCAGUAGCCGCAUCAUCCGCUACUCUGAGGAUCAGCCGGGAGUCGGAAACAGAGAGCAAUGGCUUAAGCACAGAACCGGCUGAAUGGAUGGUGCUCGAGCCUGCCCUGACAGGCGGACUAAAAGGCGUGCCGGAGAAGCGCUCUUUGGCCUGGACUGAGGUUGAGCACAACGACAUUCUCUUCGGUCGUGUCAUCAUCCUUAGUCACUAUAUUGACGGGGAGAAGAUUUCGGGUGGGCGAGUCUAA